AUGAAGAUAUAUAUCCAAAGCAAGCUUUAUUCAGCAACAACAAAACAAUGACUAAGGAGAGAAGUAAAACCUUAGGAGAAGAAUUUAAUAUGGGCACAAACCCAGUGUCUUCAAGAAAAAUAUCUCAUAAAUGUGACUCAUUUGGAACAAACUUGAAAAGUGUUUCGGAAUUAAUUCUUAGUAAUAGAAUCCAUGCAAUAAAAAAGCCCAAUUUCAAUGGAUGUGUAUUCCUUGACACUAUGCAUGAGAAAACUCAUACAAUGAGCAAGCCCUGUGACAAUGAUCAAAAGAAGUCCCACAGUCAUAAUGAUUACUUUAGUCAACAUCAGAAGAAUUCAGCUUCAGAGCAACUUCUUACAUAUAAUAAUUGUGGGAAAGCCUUUCACGAAAAACCAGCCUUUGUUACAUAUAAGGGAGUUCCCACAGGAAAGAACCCCUCUGAAGGUAAAAAACAUAGAACAACCUUCAUGCAAAAGUUAAAGUUCAGUGCUUAUCUGAAAACCCUUAGGGAAAGGAAGCCACGUGAAUCCAAUAAAAAUGGGAAAUCUUCAUGGGUAAAGCCAAAACGUGCACAUCAGAGAACUCACAUAGGGGAGACAUACUCCGAAUGUAAUAAAUUGGAGAAAUCCUGUAGCAAGAAGUCAAACCUUACUCAACAUCAGAGAAUGCACACAGGAGGAAAACCUGAUGAGUAUAAUGAAAGUGCGGAGGCCUUGCAGAAGUCAUGCCACACUCAAGAUGAGAUAACUCACAGAGGAGAGAAAAUCUACGACUGUAAUAAAUGUGGGAAAUCCUUCCAUGAAAAGUCAUGCCUUACUCAACAUCAGAAAAUUCAUACAACAGAAAAACACAGUGAGUGUAAUGAAAGUAAGAAAGCCAUAAAGAAGUCAUGCCUCACUCAAAACCAGAGAAUUAACACAGGAGAGAAAAGCUUUGAAGGUAGUCAGUGUGAGAAAUCCUCCUGCAAGAAGUUGAAACUUGGUCAACAUCAGAGAACACACUUGAGGAAAAGAACCAAUAAAUGUAAUGAAAGUGGGAGGGCUUUAAGUAAUAAGUCAGACCUCACUCAAAAUCAGAGUUUUCACAAAGGAAAGAAAACCUAUGACUGUAAUAAAUGUGGAAAAGUCUUCCAUAAGAAAACAGACAUUACUCAACAUCAGAGAACACACACAGGGAAAAAACCCUAUGAAUGUAAUGAAUGUGGAAAGUCCUUCUUUGUGAAGUCCAACCUCACCGAACAUCAGAGAACUCACACAGGAGAAAAACCAUAUGAAUGUAAUGAAUGUGGAAAAUCCUUCUGCCAGAAGUCAGCCCUCACAGUGCACCAGAGAACUCACACGGGAGAGAAACCGUAUCGAUGUAAUGAAUGUGGGAAAACCUUUUGUGUGAAAUCAAACCUUACUCAACAUCAAAGGACCCACACAGGAGAGAAACCCUAUAAAUGUGAUGAAUGCUGGAGGUCUUUCUGUGUGAAGUCCAACCUUGUCGUACAUCAGAGAACUCAUACAGGAGAGAAACCCUACAAAUGUCCAGAAUGUGGGAAAACUUUCUAUGAAAAGUCAGCACUCACAAAACAUCAGAGAAUUCACACAGGGGAAAAGCCCUAUGAAUGUAAUGAAUGUAGCAAAACCUUCAGCCAGAGGUCAGCCCUCACCAAACAUCAAAGAAGAACACACAAGAAGAAAACUCCUGCCAACACUCUCCAUGGGAGGGAGCCUGUAUGUACAAGUCAAACUUAUUGAACAUCAAGUUGCAGGACAGAAAUGAUAAGAUGUCAGUACAUAGGGAAGUCUUUAUCAAUAGGUUACAGCUAAUUGAAAUGAGAGGAUUAAUAUAGGAGUGUAACCCUUUGUAUACUUGGAGCGCAUGAAAGCUUUCAACAAGUACUCAA